CAUGGAUCAUUAAAUUAAGUCAAAAGCCUUGUAAGGCCCAGGCUGAAAAACCUGUUUCGUUCCAGACAUUACAUGGUAGAGGAACAUCUAAUUGUCAUGGACCUAAUAUGGGAAAAGUAACAAAUUUUGAAAUAAAAAUAGGAGACAAGAUGUUAAGAUUAAGUCGAAUCUACAUUUCAGGAGCCCAGCGAGUUCACAUAGGUGUUUAGGUGAGGAUUCUUGCAAACUAAUGUGGCUAAGACGCAAUUUUACAGUUGCUGCUCUGAUGAGCCAGUGAAUCCAGUUAUGCGAGAUGCAUAGUCAAUGUUGCCAGUGCAGUAAAUUCACACCUUUCACCAUGUUUAGCCACGUUAAUUGUCCCCCCACACUGUCUCAUCCUAACCUGUAUGAACUUUUGAGACCCCUGAAAUGUGGAUUUGCUUAUUUUUCCAGUAAGCCUGUUCUGCUCAACAUAUAUGUUGCCAGAACAGUUUUAUUUAGCGGCACCCUAGUCCCUAUGCAAGUCCCAAUAUGACUGUUUUAAAGUUUUGACUUGACACAAUUUCAUAUUGAGUCAAGGCAUCCAUUUCUUGCCCUCGGCCUUUUCUUCUGUCAUGGCAAACGGCUGCUCUUUCAAACUGAUGAAAUCCAAACCCAAAUCUGCGUCUAGAUCUUGAUUGCACAUUACACUGGUUGUCCAAGAUACUGCUGAUACCGGUACACAUUCGCGCACCGGUCAAUUUCUUGAUUUUUACCCCCAGCUUGACAAGGGACCCACAGUAAAUAACAACCAGUCAGCACCGAUUAAUGUUCUGCUCCCAUCGGCAACAAUUGAAGAAAUUCUCUUAUGACUUCUCUUAUUUCUUAGAAUUUUGCCAAUGGUGCAUAUAUCUAUGUAUUUAUCGACCUUCACGGCCCAGAAGCACGGUAGAGCGUCCGCGUCUGAAGCGGUAGAUCCAGGAUCAAUCCUUGAUCGAGUCACACCUAAGACUUUAAAAGAGGAAGUUGUAACUUCCUUGCUUGGCGUUCAGCAUGAAGGGGAUAGUGCAAAGGCUGGUUGACCCAUAUCAGUAUAAUGGCUCGGGCGGGGCGACUUACUUGCCUUCGCUUCCAAAGUGGUCAGCCUGGGUGCCCGUAGUACUGCUACUGGUGUUGGUGUGGAAGUUAACUCUCACAGUUACCGAAGAAAGCAUUCUGGUGCUGAGGUCAUGCGGACUCCAAGUGAAGACGACAUAUCUGAUUGGUCGAUCAGCAACACAGUUUGUGGACAUGGCUCAAGUAAAGGACAUUGUCAUUAAUGAAGGCAUUAGAAUGCACCAAGUCAUCUGUUACCUCUCUGUACUAUUGACUCCUAGGCCUGGAUCUGAUGAAAAUGGAUUAUUCCCCCUGUUUAUGAAUUCCCUUCCCAAAGUGGGUGUUUUGCGAGAAAUCUAUGGUGGAGUGAAACCACUGCUGGUCAGAAGAGGUGACUGAUGACCAGUUACUGCAGAUGACCAUUGUACUAACAAUGUUUCCCGAAUGAAAACAGACCAGCCGACUGGGUGAGAACUUUACAGGAGAAUGUAACUCUCACAAUGUUCAUUGUGGUUGUAAGAGCUGGUAGCCUGCCCCUAUUUGACCUGUUAGAUGGAUACGCUGUUGACAGAUUUAAGUGGCAUAGUCACACAGUGUUUACUGUGUUCCAUGGUUUGUUGAAUUUCGGCAUUCUCAGUCUGUGAUCUGCUGCUUUGCUAGCUGUGCCCAACUGUACUGAAACAAUGAUGUAUUGCAGGAGGGAACAAAAGAGAUCAUUUCUUGUAGUGACUUUUCGUAAGGCAGACAAUGUUUACCAUUCAUGCAUCUUAUAAUUCAAACGGUGUACACAAAAAUUGUCCUGUGAGGAAAAUGGUUGUCCAAGUUUGUCAGAAGAAGAGAUUGUUCUUUCUGAUUGACGUUACAUGAACUAUAGAGAUCCAAUGUUUGACGUAUUUGACAGGUCAUCAUGACAUGUAAUGUUCUGUCAGUAUUUGUACUAAGUCAGAAUUCACACUGUUGCUGAUAUAAAAUCUCAUUUUCUCAUGAUUUAUUUAUUUUAUUUAUUUAUUUCAUUGGAGUUUUUGGCUGUAUUCAAGAAUAUUUCACUUGUACGACAAUGACCCGCAUUAUGGUGAGAGGCAACUCGCCAGAGGCAUGCUGGCAGACCUUCCCAUGCAUGAUCAGAGAGGAAGCCUAUAUGAGCUGGACUUGAACUCACAGUGUUAGCAUUGUUGAUAGGCUCCUGAGCCAUUGUGCUGCACUGACAGGAUAUCAACAAAACCAUGGAGGGCCUCUAGCUUCAUUAAGAAGAGAUAUAUCAGAAAUGUGGCCUUUUUUAACAAGCUUUAGGCCAUGUUCAUUUGCUUCUGUGUUUCUUGUCAUGCAGACAUGCUUAAUUUAGUUCAAGUGAUUUUAACCAGAAAACAAUUCAAAAAAUUUUAACAUAUUAUAGAGAAUUGUAGAGGUGCUUGUGCCUGUCUUUCAGAAAAAAGAUUCAAGUGUAUAUCUCGAAAUCUGAUGACAGAUGACCACGCCAUGUGUGGAGGUGAAAAGGCAUUGAGUUGUUCACUGCAUUCUGGCAUUGCAUUACUGCUUGGUAACUGAACUGGUGACAAGAAACGAAAAAUCAACUAUGUGUGGCCUCAUGGCAUGAUAUUGAUGCAUAUAUGGGUUGUAAUGUCUCUAUAAAUUCCUUGAGUAAACUGUUAGCUAUUGGGGGCUCAGAAUUACAAUUUAGUCAGCCUAUGUGUAUGAGUUGUAAUGUGAUCUGCUGUAUAUAUGUAUUGAAAUUGAGAGAAGCGUAAUCCUCGUGUGAUAAAGGCUUACCUUGAACUUGUCAUUGUGUUGAUGUGGUUAGUUUUCAAGCAGGCCAAUACACUUGUGAUACGUAUACAAAUACAAUUAUUGACAGCAUACCAGAUAACCAUUAAAGUACACCUUGUGUAGACAAAACGUCUUUUCAGCUGUGAAGCCACUGUCAGUAGUGAAGCACUCCUUAGCACAGCUCUUACAUGUGUACUUGUUUGUGUGGGUAAGAAUUUACUGACUGGUUGUGUGCGUGGAGAUGCAAUGUGUCACCUGGUUGUGCACUAGCAUUUUCUGUUUUGAAAUGUGUUUAUGUAAAUUCUCAUAUUUGAAGCAAGUUUCUAUUCAUGGACAUUUGUUGGUCCCUGUUAAAAUACUCAAAUUAAGGAAAGAAUUUAAGUCUUAGGUAAAUAAUCUUGUCCUUUCUCUUUUUGGUAAUUUUAUUAUAAUACAUUGUUGUGUGAAAUAAUGACAGGAAUUUACAUAGACCUCCAGUGUGUUUUUACAUACAGUACUAUUUGUAAGCCAUUUAUGUAUAUCAUGAGAAUUUUUCUCUAAAUAAUGCUGCACGAACUAUGGUGGGUGGAAAAGUAUGAUUAGCUUGUCAUUAAUUUAUAAUAUUAAGUGUGAAAAUUUUGAAUAAGAAUGAAACUGUAUUCACAUUAAAAUUCCUUUAC